UGCUCACUGUCCACCUUAUCUUUUUUGCUCGCUCUCUCCCGAAGCCUCUCGUUGAGAGUCGACCUCCCAGCUCCACCGCCGCCCCUUUCUUUCCUGCUCUCCGGCGGCGCUGCCGGCCGGCGAGAGGAUGGAUAGGAGGUAGGCAUCCUCUGUAUAUAAAGGGAAUAGUUUUAGUUGUUAGUUUUGCCUGUAUGGCUGCUGGCUUCGUGCCGUCUCGGAGCGUGUCGUCGGUGCUUGCGAGCGGCGCCCGACGAUUUGUGGUGUUCUGCUUCCUGGCCAUGGUAGUGAGGUGCUGCGGGUGGUCAGGGAGGUCGGCACCAACGUCUUCAUCAAUAAGCUCGGCCCUCUCUGGCAGCUGGGGCGUGGCGGCGGUCUGUGUCGUGCCAUCUUCUUCCAAGCGCCAUGGUGGCGAUGGGGGAAUCCAUGGUACGACGCUACUCGGUCUACUUCUUGGCUGCUCUGGAGCUGUGAUGCUACAGGAUUUCGGUGAACACUCUCGGCGUCCUGAGAUUUGGCGUUCGACCUUGAUGACCAUAUGGUGGUCUCCGACGCUGGCGACGAUGGCCGGCGCUUCUUCAACCUCCAAGUGGAGGCCCUUUGUUGAGCUCGCGGCGGCGUUCAUCUUCCUCUCGGUUCCAAGUGGUCUCGUUCCCGGCACCGGCGAGGAUGGUCGCGGUUUGAGCUCUCAGUUCUCCGGCGGUGCUAGAGGACCUGAUUGCUUUUUCAAGUUUUGCCUUAGGGUCUUUUCUGUAAGAAACAUGGGUUGGUUUAUGAUUGUGUUGUUCUUCAGGAUCCCUGUUGUAAACUGUACCUACUCCGCGGCCUCUCCAGAUCACAACAACGAUUAGAAUUUAUUUGCCGGUAAUGAAGCAUUUGAGUUGUACCAUGGAGGCAUGAGGUAUCAAAAGGAUGAAAUAGUUUUCCCUCUUGAGUA